AUGAGUGGAAUUUUAAAGAGGAAGUUUGAAGAAGUUGAUGGCUCCUCACCUUGUUCCUCUGUGCGGGAAUCGGAUGAUGACAUUUCUAGCAGUGAAAGUGCUGACAGUGGUGAUAGUGUCAAUCCAUCCACUUCUAAUCAUUUUACCCCUUCUUCAAUCCUGAAGAGAGAGAAGCGGAAGAGAACAAAAAAUGUCCACUUUAACUGUGUUACUGUGUAUUACUUCACGAGAAGGCAAGGCUUCACCAGCGUGCCCAGCCAAGGGGGCAGCACCCUGGGGAUGUCGACGCGCCACAACAGUGUGCGCCAGUACACGCUCGGGGAGUUUGCCAUGGAGCAGGAGAGGCUGCACCGAGAGAUGUUAAGGGAGCACCUAAGGGAGGAAAAACUCAAUUCUCUAAAAUUGAAGAUGACAAAGAAUGGCACAGUGGAAUCUGAAGAAGCUAACACCCUGACACUGGAUGACAUUUCUGAUGACGAUAUUGAUCUAGACAACACUGAAGUGGAUGAGUACUUCUUUCUACAACCCCUGCCGACAAAAAAGCGGAGGGCAUUGCUGCGAGCCUCUGGAGUGAAGAAGAUCGAUGUAGAAGAAAAACACGAGCUGCGGGCCAUCCGCCUGUCCAGAGAGGAUUGUGGCUGUGACUGCCGUGUUUUUUGUGAUCCAGAAACUUGCACUUGCAGUCUUGCAGGCAUAAAAUGUCAGGUGGAUCGUAUGUCUUUUCCAUGCGGUUGCACUAAAGAAGGGUGUAGCAAUACAGCAGGUAGAAUUGAAUUUAAUCCUAUCCGUGUACGGACUCACUUUUUGCACACAAUAAUGAAACUUGAAUUGGAGAAAAAUAGAGAGCAGCAAGUUCCGGCGCUAAAUGGCUGCCACAGUGAGAUCAGUGCGCACACUAGUGCUAUGAGUCCGGGACCCCAUCCGGUUGAAUACUCAAUUGCAGAAAAUUUUGAGAUUGAAACCGAACCUCCGGCUGCGGUUAUGCAUUCUCAGUCAGCUGAGGACUUGGACUGCCCAGGGGAAGAGGAGGAAGAGGAAGAUGGGAGUAGCUUUUGUAGUGGAGUUACAGAUUCUAGCACACAGAGUUUAGCCCCUAGUGAAUCAGAUGAUGAUGAAGAGGAAGAGGAAGAUGAGGAGGAAGAUGAGGAGGAAGAAAAAGGAGAUGAUUUUGUAGAAAGCAUGGGCUCCCAUGCUGAUAUGGUGCCUCUUCCUUCUGUCCUUUGCUACUCUGAUGGAACUGCUGUGCAUGAAAACCACUCUAAAAACGCCUCAUACUAUACUAACUCUUCAAAUCUGUAUUACCAAAUAGAGAACCACGUUGCUGGCACUGCUAACCAGAUCGGUGAGACUUACCCAGAAAGGGAUGCUGUCAAGAACGGUAGUCUUUCUCUGGUGCCUUACAACAUGACUUCAGAACAGUUUGUUGACUACACACGGCAAUCAGAGGAAACCUUUAGCGGCCCUCAUUACCCUUCUGCAAACCCCUCAGUGAUUGUUUGCUGCUCAUCUGCUGAAGGUGAGAGCAGUGCUCCGUGCAACAGUUUGUACGCUGAGCACAGGCCAAGUCACCCGCAAGUGGAAUUUCACUCCUACUUGAAAGGUCCUUCUCCAGAUGGCUUUGUUUCAGCUCUGAAUGGCGACAGUUGCGUGCAAGAGCACCCUGCGGAGAAUUCGCUAAACCUCCCAGAAAAGAGCAGACUGCAUGAGGAGUGCAUCAAAUCACCAGUGGUAGAAACGGUACCUGUUUAAUACUAAAAUUAUUCUAGGACUGACUUCCUGUAAUAAAAUGCACUCACGCUGGAUUUCCUAGAAUCUUACUUUUUUAAGAAGUAGACAACACUUGGACUGUAGUCAAUGUUCCAGACACGUUUUGUUUUCUCAAGCUACACUGGCAGUGGUAUUGCACAAAACAGUUCAUGUAAAGGUUUAAAUAAAAACACUCAAACUGUCUUUUGAUAAAAAUAAAACACAUACGUGAAAAACACAGCCAACAUAUUUCAAAGUAGCCUACCUGUCGGAAGUAUGCGAAACCUGCCAAGCUAUCUGAAUCAAAGCUUCGUGUUUUUGAUUGUCGGGCCUGUGCAAGAUUGUUAAAAAUGAUACUUUGAAAUAAUGAUGUUUAGAGUCCUAAUUUUCAACAUAUCUGAAAAGAUGGUAAGUUUAAUGUAAAAGUAGCUACUGUACAAAAAAGUUUCAGUUGUUCUGUAUGUAUUUUAUUUAUGGUAGUUUAGUACUCAUGUUUUGAUAAAAUGAACAGCAUGUUCAUUUGAGCAGAAGAUCCAUAGCUAGGUACAAAGAGCAUGUCCACUUUUCAUCUGGAGUACCUUGUAUUCUUCCCUUUUUUUGUUUUUUUAAAUACCAUUUCUGGUAAA